GUUCAUAGCCUUACUGGUAGGGCGUGGACGCGCUCCGGAGCAAUCGUGGCUGAGCGGCUGGCGCGCGCGCACGCGAGCACGCGACUGUGGCCGGCUCGAGCCCGCCUGGGGCACGGGAGCGCGCACGUCACUCCCCGCCCUCCCGCCGCCGCCCGCCGUCGCUCGAGCUCCCCGCCCGCCGCCCGCCGCCCGCCGCCCGCCGCCUUCGGUCGGUUCUCUGGCUUAGUCCGUCGCCAGGUCCUCAGCCACCCGCUCGAAUCUCCGAGCCUGAGACUCGCGGUGAGGGCGGACUCGGACUCGUCGCCUGAGCGCCUUUCGUCUGGACGCUUAAGGGGUUUUCUAGGACUCCUGCCACACAGGCCAUAGGUCUUGCAGAGCAUUUGUAAGCAAUGGCUGCGAUCCGGAAGAAACUGGUGAUUGUUGGUGACGGAGCCUGUGGCAAGACUUGCCUGCUUAUCGUCUUCAGCAAGGACCAGUUCCCGGAGGUGUAUGUGCCCACAGUGUUUGAAAACUACGUGGCAGAUAUCGAGGUUGAUGGGAAGCAGGUAGAGUUGGCUUUGUGGGACACUGCUGGGCAGGAAGAUUAUGAUCGCUUGAGACCACUUUCCUACCCAGACACUGAUGUUAUACUGAUGUGUUUCUCCAUUGACAGCCCUGAUAGUUUAGAAAACAUCCCAGAGAAAUGGACUCCAGAAGUCAAGCAUUUCUGUCCCAAUGUGCCCAUCAUCCUGGUUGGGAACAAGAAGGAUCUUCGGAACGAUGAGCACACACGACGGGAGCUCGCCAAGAUGAAGCAGGAGCCCGUCAAACCAGAAGAAGGCAGAGACAUGGCAAACAGGAUUGGUGCUUUUGGGUACAUGGAGUGUUCAGCCAAGACCAAAGAUGGUGUGAGGGAGGUGUUUGAAAUGGCCACGAGAGCUGCUCUGCAAGCCAGGCGUGGGAAGAAAAAAUCAGGGUGUCUUGUCUUGUGAAACCCUGCUGCAAGCACAGCCCUUACGCGGUUAAUUUCCAAGUGCUGUUUAUUCAUCUUAGUGUAUGAUUACUGGCCUUUUUCAUUUAUCUAUUAAUUUACCUAAGAUUACAAAUCGGAAGUCAUCUUGCUACCAGUAUUUAGAAGCCAACCAUGAUUAUUAAUGAUACUCAACCUGCCUGACCCACCAGGGUCCCUCUGACACUGCUCUAACAGCCCUCCUCUGCACUCCCACCUGACACACCAGGCGCUAAUUCAAGGAAUUUCUUAACUUCUCGCUUCUUUCUAGAAAGAAAAACAGUUGGUAACUUUUGUGAAUUAGGCUGUAACUACUUUAUAACUAACAUACCCUACCUAUCUUGUCAGCUGCAGGGUGCUCUGGUGAGACGCCCUCCAGAGCUUUCCUCCUUAGUGGUUUUCUUUCAUUGACACAGCUCUGAGGUGCACAUCCAGGUUUUUGAAAACGUGCUCUGCCAGAAGCCCCAAGUUCUGCAGUUGUGGCAAAGUUACAGUCCUGUGGUUUCAUGUUAGUUACCUUUUAGUUACUGUGUAAUUAGUGCCACUUGAUGUAUGUUACCAAAAAUAAAUAUAUCUACUGCAGACUAGAUGUAGUAUUUUUUGUAUAAUUGGAUUUCCUAAUACUGAUAUUUGUCAUCCCCACAGAAAGUGUAUUGGUUUUUUAAAAAAGAAAGUGUAUUUGAAAAUAAAGUCAGAUGGAAAAUUCAUUUUUAAAAUUCCCAUUUUGUCAGUUUUCUCUGAUAAAAGAUGGCCAUAUCACCCAUACCUUGCCCUACCCCCGGCCCCCUUAUCCCCAUACCCUCUUCCCAGAGCUGGGCUAAAUGAAUAGGAAUUUGGUUUCAUGCCUGAGGCACUUAAGACACUUCAGAAGUGGCGUAACCUGUCUCACCUGGACUGCAGCUGGCUCAAGGUCAGGCGCUUCCCCUCGCUGCGCUCAGCUGUGUCCAGGUUCCCUCAGAGGAGCCGCCAGUGCUCUUGGGUGGUACUCUUUCUCUCUUCUCCAGCUGACUCAGCUUUUUUUUCUGUACCAGUUAAUUUUUCCAACUACUAAUAGAAUAAAGGCAGUUUUCUAAA